GUGGCCACAUAUGGUAUGACCCCAAAACCUCUUUCUAACCGAACCACAGCAGAUUUAGUCCCGCACCAGGUACAAACAUGGCGGGCCUCUUUCUCCGACCAUCUUUCUCAAAGGGUUUUCUCUCUCCAUUUCUGCUCCUUUUUCCUCGCAGGGGACUGUCUAGACAACAGCGUGGCCUCCCCCAGCACGGGAGAUGACGACGACUUAGACCGAGACAAAAAACGGAACAAGAAAAGAGGGAUCUUCCCCAAAGUGGCCACAAACAUUAUGCGUGCGUGGCUAUUCCAACACUUGUCGCACCCCUAUCCCUCGGAAGAACAGAAGAAGCAGCUAGCUCAGGAUACGGGACUGACCAUAUUGCAAGUCAAUAACUGGUUUAUUAACGCCAGGCGGCGCAUAGUUCAACCGAUGAUCGAUCAAUCAAACCGCACAGGUCAAGGGGCACCAUACAGCCCUGAUGGGCAGCCAAUGGGAGGUUACGUCAUGGAUGGGCAACAGCAUAUGACGAUUCGCCCCCCAGGACCAAUGGGGAUGGCAAUGGGCAUGGAGGGGCAAUGGCACUACAUGUAAAGCCCUGAACCCGCUGACAACACAAGAUGGGGAAGUUUCCAGACUAGGCUGUGUGCCGGGCAACACGAACCCAAGCAGGUUUUACGGGCACCAGACUCCCUGCACAUCAGGGCCUCCUCCGCCCAGAACUUCCCCAGCGCUCCGCGAGAAUGUGCCACAGACCAUUCUCCCUCUCCCCCUCCAGCCACGACGCACGGCCACUGUCCGCACUGCAACCCCCGACCAGAGGAAGCGAAACACCCCCAGCACACCCAAACCCCCCACUCGGGACGGGCCGAGCACGGACAGCGCCCCUUCCCAGCCCUCCUUCUUCCCGCCCUUCCGCCAGUUCCUUCUCUCCCUCGCUCCUUUUUGCCAAAUAAAGAAGGACCGUUCCUGACAACCUGUAGCCAAAACGACAAGGCUCCGAAAUAUCCCGCGGGCGUCGCGUCUGCCGGGGUUUAGGAGCCAGACCAAGCUGGACUUUGAUGGAAACAGAUCCCCCUUCCCAGCGUUUGAAAAAGGAAAAAGAAAGAACAAGGGAGAGGUGGAGAGCGCAAUCCGUCUUUCAACGAAGAUGUGGAGAGGGGGGAAGGUCGAGGUAUUAACUUUUUCAUUGCUUGGGGUCUGAUCCAUCAUUUUUCUUGCCACGCGCAUACCUCACGCCCGCCUGCCCCCCCCCCGCCACCGCUCCAGACACGGCGGCCUCUUCACGGACUUCUUUUCCAAAGGAGAGAAUGUUCCAAGCAGGGUUGUGUUUUGUUUCAUUUUCCAAAACCUUUCCUUUUUCCUUCCUUCUUCUUUCUUUCUUUCUUUCCCCCUCCCCCCUCCCUUCCUUCUGGAUGUUUUAAUUAUUAAUUAAUUAUUGAUGUCGAUGCUCAGAACGGGGAAGUAAAUUAAAUUGUACAUUUUAUUUUCCUUUU